AUGGCGGAUGCAGCCUCAACCUCAAACACUCGCGGCCUCGCGCAGCAACGCUUUGCCAACUCUACGCCUCCAUCUACAUCCUCGAGCGGCGCUUCUUCCGUGUUUCAAGACACUCCCAACGAAGUUCCUCGGGAGUAUCUCAUGGCCUCGCCAUCUUCUCUCCUGCCUCAAGGCUUCCCCUUUCCGCCUCAGCAGCCGACUUUUGAUAUCCCCAUCAACUCCCAGUCUGGCUUUAUACAUCCCGAGGAGCUUCAUGAGAAGCGGUUCGCAAGCAGCUAUGAGGACCAAUCCUCGAAUCUGAACAAAGACGCUCACCCAUCAUCAUCCAAGAUGCCAGAGUUGGACCAACACUCCUCCGCCGCCCGCCUUGUCCGCGAACAACGUCUAUCAACAUGCCUCAACAUCCUUCGCCACGUCCAACGCACCCUCCGUCAACGCCACGACGAGGCAGCCCUGCGUCUCGCACACAUCUCGCGCCUCCAAGUGCAGACCACGUGGGAGCUCUUCUUCCACAGCCCCCUGGACUUCAUGUGUCACGAGAUGGACAUUCUCUCCAACGCCACUACGAGCGCCAUUCUCGCCCAAGGAGGGAUUGCUCUGCAGCGGCACUCUGCUCACGAGAGUGAGGCUUGGAUGCGGAAGCUGGAUGAGCUUCGGGAUCUGCAGGACAGUGAACAUGAUGCCAAGGAGAGAGUACGCAAGACGAUGAAACAGAUGCAGUGCGCGGAUGCGAUUAUGAGCGUGGGAUUGGAGAAGCAGGCGGUGGUACGGGAGAGAGGCGAUCUUAUGGCUGGCCAGUAUCACGGAGUGUUUGGCCAGCGUCGUGAUGCUGAGGCAAUGGCAUCUUCAAACAACAACGCCUCUGCCAUGCUGAGUAGCUUUUUCAAUUGGCCGUUGCCUGCCGCGUCCCUGAACGUUGGCGAAGCCAGCGUCAACGUUGACGACAAUAGCAGUGGUUCUGUCAGCGGAUCCUCGGGACAAUGCCUCUCUGAGUGUUGCCGGGAUCGCUCUAUGUAG